CGUGUUUGUUGGUGAGCUUGACGUCAAAUGCAAGGUUAUAAAGUCAUUUAGUGAUGAAAGCGCGUUAAUGGCUGACACGCGUACUUUGGAUUUGAUGCGUGCGCUUGGAUGACAGAUUGAAUGGAGUUAAAUGAUAGGAGCUGCCAGCGCGCAGAAGUUGAUGUUUUGAGUACCUCCACAUCCAUGGCAAGUGACUCCUUGACAGAGGAGAUGCUGAGAGAUGACCUGAAGUUUUACUUCAUGAGCCCUUGUGAGAAGUAUAGAGCCCGGCGACAGUUACCAUGGAAACUAGCAGUGCAAAUUCUGAAAAUAUUUAUGAUUACACUUCAGCUCAUUCUGUUUGGCCUCAACAACCAGCUUGUGGUGUCCUACAAGGAGGAGAACUUGAUGGCUUUCAAGAACUUGUUUCUGAAGGGCUACAGUGGUGUGGAUGAGGACGACUACAGCACCGUUGUCUACACCAAACACAAUGUGUACGACAGUUUAUAUUAUGUCAUAGACCAGUACUCCCAGUUAGGAAACUUGUCUGUGGGUCCUGUUAGUUAUGCUGAGGAGAACGGAGAAUUUCUGCCCAUGGUCAUCUGCAAAGAAAGCUACAGGCGAGGCAGCGUGGAACCAUCUGAAGGAUCUUAUGAUAUUGUUGCACAACUUGAAACAGUUUGUUUGACUCUGAAUCCAAAGACAGCAGCAACGUGGAGAGCAAACAACGCUACAUUUUUUGAGCUGGACUUUUAUAGGCUGGUUGAUAUUGAGAUUACAUUUGCGCUCAAGGGAAUCAAUUUGCAGACCGUUCGCUCACGCGAGCUGCCUGACUGUUACACGUUUUUGGUCAAGAUUGUCUUUGAUAACAGUUGCCAUAGUGGAAAGGUGAAAAUAACUCUGGAUUUCGAUGCGGUCAGUAGCGUGUGCAAGAACUGGAAGAUUUCAGGAAUAGCUCAGAAGAGUACGCACUACCUUCUCAUGUUCGAUGGCUUUGUUAUCGUGGUCUGUAUGAUCUCUGCGGUGCUCUGCACACGGUCCGUUAUACUCGCGGUCAGACUGCUUCAGCGUUUUUCUAGAUUCUGUCUUGAAAAUUAUGAUCGUGAAGUGUGUGAAGAUGAUCAAAGGGAAUUCCUGAAUGGCUGGUACUUCUUGGUUAUCAUCAGUGAUGUUCUGACCAUCAUUGGGUCGAUACUGAAAAUGGAAAUACAAGCUAAGAGUUUGACUAAUUAUGACGUAUGCAGUAUCUUUCUGGGCACAUCUACUUUAUUGGUCUGGGUGGGCGUCAUCAGAUAUCUUGGAUACUUCCAGAAGUACAAUGUGCUUAUCCUCACCAUGCGAGCAGCUUUACCAAAUGUCCUCCGUUUCUGCUGCUGUGCAGGAAUGAUCUAUCUAGGCUACACCUUCUGCGGAUGGAUCGUUUUGGGACCCUACCAUGAGAAGUUUGAAGGCCUUAGUCGUGUGGCAGAAUGUCUCUUCUCAUUGGUCAACGGGGACGACAUGUUUCCAACGUUCGCCGAGUUUGAGCAGAAGAACACAAUGGUGUGGCUGUUCAGCCGAGUUUAUCUCUAUUCGUUCAUAUCUCUUUUCAUCUACAUGGUGCUCAGUCUCUUCAUCGCCCUCAUCACAGACGCAUACGAGACCAUCAAGGGUUACCAAACAACAGGCUUCCCCAUGACGGAGCUCCAACGGUUCCUGACAGAGCAGAAGGAGGGUUUCCCUCUCCAGGGGCAGGAGGGGGCCGGCACCGAGAUUAGAGAAACCGAGAGCGUUCACCCCUCUGUAAUGCUGUGUUGCUGCAAAAGAGUUCCCAAAGAUGACACAGUCAUUCUCAUCAGCUGAACGUGGGUGGAUCACAUCUUCAAUGUCAAAUCUACCGGAAACUGCAAGGGAGAGUCAUUGCAAUUUGAAGAGAUGUUGUGGGACUUUGCACAUGUUUGCAACUCUGUGGUUCAUAUUCCGCGCAGGAUGAAAAUGCCAUUUGAAACGUGAAAUGACAGAUGCUGGUAAGACCAGCAUUAGCAAAUGUAAAAAAAUGCCAAACCCGCAGCUAAGUGCACUGCGAUGCAAUUAAGGCCGAGUAAUGAAGCGUUUUGCGGAUCAAAUGGCCGACUCAGGAAAUGUUGGAAGCAUCUUGUUGUGCAAUCUGUAAAAUUAUACCCAGUCCAUUGUUGUAAACUGGAGAAAAUAUCGUUAUUUAUUUAAGUCACGAGGGAUUGUUCACCCUAGAUGUUUUAUAUUAAAGCACUUCAAA